GGAGGGGCGGGGGCCAUGCACCCGGAAGAGCGGCCCGCGGAGCUAAGGCGACAGGCGGCGGCUGGGGGCCCGACAUGGACAAGCUGAAGAAGGUGCUGAGCGGCCAGGACACCGAGGACCGCAGCGGUCUGUCCGAGGUUGUGGAGGCGUCGUCCUUAAGCUGGGGCACCAGAAUAAAAGGCUUCAUCGCAUGUUUUGCCGUAGGAAUCCUCUGCUCAUUGCUGGGUACUUUCCUGCUGUGGGUGCCCAGGAAAGGACUGACCCUCUUUGCGGUGUUUUACACCUUGGGGAACAUGGCAUCAAUUGGGAGUACCAUCUUCCUCAUGGGGCCAGUGAAGCAGCUGAAGCGCAUGUUUGAGCCUACGCGUCUCAUCGCCACCAUCCUGGUGCUGCUGUGUUUUGCACUUACCCUGUGCUCUGCCUUUUGGUGGCAUAAAAAGGGGCUCGCGCUCAUCUUCUGCAUCUUGCAGUCCUUGGCCUUGACCUGGUAUAGCCUUUCCUUCAUACCAUAUGCAAGGGAUGCUGUGAAGAAGUGCUUUGCUGUGUGUCUUGCAUAGUACACUGCCAGUCUGCAGAGAGCACCGUGGACUGAAGCUGGUGGACAGUUUUGUAAAUACCCUCUCAACUCUGUCUCACAGACAUGUGCCUUUAACUUGCAGCAAUGUGUUGCUUGCAAUUUGGACAUUUUUGAGGGUUGCCGUGGGAGCAGUCAUGAAUCCUAAACCCUAAUGUCUGCAGCACAAUGUGGGGUUCUGUGGCUAGUGUGGGGGACUCUUCCUCAUGACCAUUUUCCUCUCUGGAUGGUUUCAAUCUUUGUUUAAUCAUAGCAGCAGAUAAGCCCCAGGAGCCACUGAUUCCCAGGCCACAGCAGGAGGGUCUACAGAGAUUAUAGGAAUGCAACAGGACGUGCAGAAUUUUGCUGAAGAUUUGCCCCUCACCAAGGAAACCGUUGUCACUGCCUCACAGAGCGUCUUCCCUGGUGUUUGAGAACAAGUGAUCUCCUAAGCCCCUGGAGAUCCUGCCCUGGAUACAUUGUUCCUUCCUAUGGAUGCGCCAUCUUGCUCUUCUCAAUCACGACUGGCUAUGGAACGUGUUUUCUGGUAUUCAGUGUGGAUUCUUUCUCUUGUUCUCACCCUCCCACGUCUCUUGUCUUGUGACCUUGGGCCACUGCUUGAUUGAGAGUGAAGUAGUAGCCUAAAGUACUCUUUCCUUCUGGACAAGAGCCACCAGAAAGUGAAAAACCUUCAUGUUCCCUGCUCUGUUUAUUUUUCUUCAUUAUUUAUAAACGUUUACUUUUAUUGAUUUUAUUUUCCGUUCUUCGCUGGAGUUGGGCCAAAGAAAGUGCAUGGGAAGACCGAUCCCUUGUGGGGCCAGCAGGAAGUAGGUAGGCAUGCCUGCCAAGCAACUUCUCAGUGCUCCGGCAUUGGCACUCAGCCUGUGCUGGCCACUGGAAAGACACCAGCCUGCAGGUGGUCAUGUCUCAACCUGAUGCCUAACCACACACACAGUGUUCUUGUGUUGUUGAUCUUCUCUGGUCCUCAUGAGAGCCCUGCGAGGAAGCAGGAUUGUUGUCUCACUGUGUAGUCGAGGGACCGAAGCUCAGAUGGGUUUCCAUGUCACCUGAGGCUCCAGCUGUGGCAGGGUCAAGCCAGAGUCUGGAUGUCUCACUUCCAAUCUCCGUCAUGAUGACAUGACUCUGGUUAAACCUGCCAUCAUCUCUCAUAAACCUUUCCUUGUUUUCAUCAUCCUAGCCUGUACCUUUUCAGGUUUCAGCAUCUAUGUUACCUGUGUCCUCUUCCACCUGCUCCCCCAUCUCAGUUUUCACAAGCUUCCCUCUGCAUCUGAGUAUGGUCAUCCCACACUGAAAGGGAACCAUCCCGUGUUGAAAGGGAACUGCUCUGUGCUUCCCGGGCAUCAUCAGAGUUCCUGGUAAUCUAGGUUUACCCUCCGCUCUUUGUGCAAGGCCAGAUCUACUCUGGUCCCUGCCUUGCCACCUCCAGACCAAAGGCAGUGAGAGCUCCUCUCUUUGGUUGUGGCCAGUUGCUGAACUGUGGCUAAUAACUCUGCCUUUUCUUCUGAGAUGGAGAAGAAUGGAUAAGCUUAUUAGGGAAAGGGCAGCUCAAUCAGUCCAGAUUCUUUCCCUGCUGUUGAAGGCACCUGUGAGGUCUUCAACCUGUCUUCAGUCAGGAAGGAAAAUCAUAUGCUAUCCUCUGGCUUUGUGAGGCACAAUCAUAUCCGAGGAGCUUUGGGAAUCAGUUCAGGUCUCAGAAGUGCUCAGUGUCAGAAGGGGCAUGGAGAGUUUAGGGGUGCACAUGGUUUCUUGCUAACCCAAGCCUAGGCUAGUUGCUUCAAGUUCCAACUAUCCUGGAGUCAUGCACGUAAAUGAGGCUGACCCCUCCAUGCCCUUUUCAGUGACUGGACUUGAGUCCAAGUACCUCUUAAAGAUGUUAGAAGGGCUGAAUAGCAUAGCCGUGUGAAUGUGGGCUUAGAAAACAAGCAGGUCUGGGUAUGAGCUGUGGUCCAGUCACAUGUUGGUUGAGUCUUUUGAAGUUGCUUAAUGUUUGGUUCCUCAAUUUCUCUGUUUCAAAUAGCAGGCUGACAAAUGGUGCUAGGUCGUUGGAGGAUGCCAGUGAAAGAUGACUGGAUCAAGUGCUUGGUCUGGGGCCCAGCAGAGAUCUCUACAGUAACUCCUAAAUGUGACAGGCUGAGUGUUUGGCCAUUAAUUUGUCUAGCGUACUUAAUACUGUGUGUAUUGCUGUAGACUCUACCAUACAUUAUCUCAUUCAAUGGUCACAGGGACUGCCAGGCAAGAGAUACUGCCUUUAUCAUCAUGAAGUAGUAGCUGCUUCAGAUGCUGUCACCAGCAGGGAUCAGUGAGGAGGCUCUAGGUAGGGGAUGAUAUCCUGGAUAAAAGGCUUUUGGGCCUAAUUCCUACAGCCUGUGGCCUUUUGUCUCAACGGCUUGACUCUGGACACAUUUAAGCAUCUUUUGGAUGGCUGUCCUCCAGUAUCUUCCAGACUCCCAGGUUAUUUCUUCAGUUGCCUUAUCCUUUGGUUAUUUCCUUUCCUGCUUUUGCUGGACUGUGGAAGGAAGAAAUCCACUUCAAAUCUGCUUAAGUCUCGUACCAAGCCAAUAGCAUCGAUUAGAAGCAACUUAGUGAGGGAGGCUUUAGCGGAGAAUUAGGGCCCCUGACGCCGCCUGUUGGGGUGUCUGUCUCCUCUCCCGCGCUUCACACCCCCAGUUCACUGCCUGGUGAGGGGACACCUCUGUUUUUGGAGAGUAACGGAAACUCUUGAGUGACCUUUGUAGAGGGGAAUGUGGUACUCAGUCGGGGUGUCUUUCCAGGUUUGGGGAGCCUCUGGCCUGAGUGCUGCCUUCCCUGGGCUGUGGUCUGUGGAGUGCGACACUCAGAGGACCACUGUGCCUUCUGGACCAGGAGAGUAGCUUAGGGUCCCCUUGGCUCUUCUCUACUCCAGGCUGACUGUUGGGACACUGAGGGUGGGUCCCUGCUCACUGAGUUCUGUCUCUCACAGCUGACAGGCUUUCCCUUUCACAGACUAACUUUUGUCUUCUCGAGGAAGCUUUUGUCUCUCCUGCUCCUCAGUAUGACUGCUGCUCAGACCCCAGCUCCAGGCAUCCUGUCUUGGGGAAGGGUGAAAUACCAUUCCCAGCUCAGCAUUUUCACCAUGGAGAUUGUCUCAGUGCUGGGGUGUCUGUGUUACUCUCAUGGUGACUUUGUGGAUUAUGUCUUAAGUGCCACCACCUUCCUUCCACAUAGUCACUGUAGGCUGAGAGAGCAAGAAAUGAAAUCAAGAAAUGCAUUCCAUAUGAAAAUUGCUUUUUAAUACUCCAUUAGAAUAGAUAAUUAGCUGGGCAGCAUCUGAAGCAGAUGUGGAGGGCCGCGCUGGUUUAUCUUGAUAUCCCCGUGAGUGACAAGUGCUGCAGUAUUUGGGAUGAGGCUUGGUGAAAUGAACUGGGCAGCCAAGGUACACCUCAGGACUGUGGAUUUCUUUUCCUGUGGGCACCUUAUGCCCACCCUUGUGUUUACUCUACCUCUGGUGACUUCUCGUUAGAGUCAUUUACACACACUUUGAAUUCACAACCAAGCCUAAAACUUAUUUUCAGCUAGUUAAGAAAAAAGAAAGAUCAGUGUUUAAAACAGUAUAAAGAUGUUUGCUGGGCCUUGUGGCAGUUUUUUGUUUUGUUUUAACGUCCAAGUUCUUUUUUUUUUUUCAUAAGUUUAAUAUGCGCUAUAGCUUACAGAUAACAUCCUUUUUAAAAGUGAAUGAACCUUAGCCGAAAUUCAGUGCAAAUGUACAUCUGUGUAACUGAAGUUUGAUUGAAAAGGUUGCUGAGGAGGUGAUCUUGAAGUACCUGCCGAUUCAUAAUUCUAUGAUGUUUUGAGAUCUUGUGUAUGGGUAUGCGAGUGAAGGGGGAAGUGAAGUGGGGUUUGUUUGAUCCCAGCUCACUCGGGGUGGGUGGGGGGAUAGUUCUACUUGGAGUAUUUCCAGUCCUGCUGUGACGGACGGUGACACUUGAAGGGAGCGACUGCGUAAGCUUUGUCGGGUUUCCGUUGCAGUGUGGCAAACGGUAAGUGGCAGAGCCUUCAGUGAUGCGCUGACAACAUACAGUGACGUCCAUUCUAGCAGGAGCUAGUAACUGACAGCUAGGCUUGGAGGUGCGCAAAGUGAGUUUCUGCAGGUUGGCUGAUCUGAAACCGAAGAGAGAAAUUCGAUUCAAGAUGGGAGAGGUCAGCCCAUGGCAUCCUAACAAACAAUAAUCUGUGCUUUGUACUCAGAAUAAUGCCACUACAUGGCAUAGAGUGCUUGCCUAGCAUGUAUGGAGCCUUGAGUUCAAUCUCUGGAAAUGCAUACAUUGGCUAUGGUGGUACAUGCCUGUAAUCCCAGCACUUAGGAAGUGGAGGCAGGAGGAUCUGGAGCAUAUUAGACCUUAUAUUUUAAAAAUAAGAAAAAUCACUGGGUGGUGGUGGUGCACGCCUUUAAUCCCAGCACUCAGGAGGCAGAGGCAGGCGGAUCUCUGUGAGUUUAAGGCCAGCCUGGGCUACAGAAUGAGUUCCAGGAAAGGCGCAAAGCUACACAGAGAAACCCUGUCUCGAAAAACCAAAAAAAGAAAAAGAAAAAUCAAAUGAAGUCUCAUGUUGGGGCCCAUGCACAUGGCUCUUGUCUGUUAAAUGUCCAACUUUUUUUCUGGCCUUUUCCAUUGUGUUUGCUUAACUUGAAUAAGGAAAGGAAAAAAAAUAGCCCCUGAACUCUGUCCUGUGCAUUUCUGUUGUGAAGUUGAUAGUGAGGGUGUGCAGAAGCCUGUGAUGAAGGCACACCUAUCCUUGUGGCUUUGGGCACCUGGGCAUGCUCCCCCAGCAGUGAAACCAAAUCCAAAAUGCCUAUGGUGGAUUUGUAUGCCUUCAGAACAUUGUACCUGUUCGAAUACAGUGAACUUUCAUGAAACAAUUUUUAUAAUUGCGUAGGUGUAGUUGAUUUUGAAUGUUACUGAUUGCAUAACUGAAUUUUUAUAUCCAAAAAUACAUUCUUGAGUACUGCCUUUUCUGUCUUGAUCUAUUUCAUACAAUGUUUUCUUUUUACUAACUUAUUUCAAAGAGAAAGAGUGUUGCUAGAGAGAGCUCUCUUCCUUUCACAGUUAUUUUUUUUCCUUUUUCUUUUCUCAAAUAAAUGGUAGGAGCAUCAUGA